CGUUUUUAGCGUGUUAUUAAUCUUGAUUCUGUUAGUUCACUAAUUAGUUCGUGCAGUGCAGUGUAUGUGCUGCUGGGACUGGGAGGAGCUAUAAUCUCUCUACCUUGUAGCUUUCAGUUUGAGUGCACUGUAGAUGUCAUUGACCUUUGUGUGAAAGGGCUCAAUGUCAACUAUUUCUGAUCAGAAGAAACGGACCUUAGAAGCCAUUCAACAACGGUAUGCAGCAGCUAAAGCUAAGAAAGUGCAAGAUGAACAGGCUAAGUCCCAGAAGAGCAAUGAUAGGACCCCCAAGCCCAAGUUUGAUGUACAAAAGAAAGGAAAAACUCCCGAAUUGACUCCAUGUCGAACUUCUACACUUAAAGCUCAAGCAAGUUCCAGUUAUCAGCAAAAACCGUCUGCUUCCUCAGGUGGAGAAGUCCACCCUAUAUACUCUGAACUUUCAUUCGCUCUUCAUAAAAAUUUGUCCCAAGAUGACCAAGAUGGCUUUUCGAAUCUUGAUAACACAGACGUAGUUCACAGUAUUGUUUAUGAUAUAAUUCAGAAAGGUGGAGAAGCCGGGAAAAUUACCAAGGGAUCGAAAAAGUUAAAGCUUGACAAAGGAAUUCUUUUAGAUAACUAUGUCCAGAGGGGUCCUAUCUUAGUGGAUGCACAAUCACGGUCUUUGUUGAUUCACUCGAAGCGAUCAAAAAGACACAUGUCAAUGAAGCAACAUAAGAAAUGUGGAUCAUUUGAUUUACCAGAUACAUUCCACAGGUUUGACCUCUAUAAGCCAAUGCAUGAAACGUGGAAACAGUAUAUCCAAGAGCUUACUAGAAGUACUGCGAAAAAACUUUUGCCUGAAUACCUCCUUUCAGCAGAUCUUCAUGGGGCCCUUAUAAUUGUGGCAGAAUGCAAAGCCGCCUCAUAUCAAGGUGUGAGUGGCAUCAUGAUUAGGGACACUGCAGAGACUUUUGGAAUUAUAUCAGAGGGCAAUCGCUUCCGAGUUGUACCGAAAGCUGGGUCAGUUUUCGUCCUCCAAGCCGACCGCUUGAAGGUUACACUGAUCGGCGACAAGCUCUCGCCAAAGGAGAGGCUGAAGGAGACCCAACGCCUGCAGCGUGCGCAGUCACUGAUCAGAUAGAACUUCUAAAACCCAACGGGAAAAGCUGAAGAAAAACCAGCUCCAGGACCAUGUGCAGUGACUGAUCAGAUAGUAUCCAACAUGCUUAACUCUGUUUUUUUCUUCAACAAAUUUCGCCCCAGAGGAACCUGUACAGUAU